CAAAGUAGUGUUCGCGGCAAGUGCGUGUGCGAGCUGCCUGGCCGUCUAUACCGGCUGGGAUUUCGUCGUGGUCGUGCCUAGGCUAGCGCUGCUGGCCUGGAACUUCGUUCUAUCCAUAAUAGAACGAAAAUCAGACACGGAUUGGAGAAAAGAGCAUCAUCAAAAACCGCAAGUAACUCUCGGUAUAAGUCGAAUUUUUCGACCACCGACAUUCCUCACUUUUAAUAUGGAGUGAAGUUUGCGCAACCCGCAGCCAUCUUGCGGAACUUCGCAUUGGUUUUUGACUUUGACAGUUUGUGUCAUCUAUCACGUUUGACAUUGACGUACAAUAAAUAUCAAAACAAAGUGCUAUCAGCGUCGUUGUGCCUUCCUUUAAAAGUGUUUGUGCAUUCGUUCGUCAUAAAUAAACAUUAAAAUGGCUACCGAAACGGAAAACUUAAAAAAAUUACGCGUUAUACGCUCGCAGUGUAAAGGAACGAUUACGAGAAUCGACAAUUUUGUCAAGGAUCCCGUAUGUUUGGCAGCCGCCAGCGCCGAUAUAUUAGAGGCGCGAAAAGAGAAGCUCAUUUCCACCUUAAAAGAUUACGAAAAGGUGCAAAUGGACAUCCUAAGCAUUGAUGAAGGCGAUGGUGAACAGGGCCACAACACAUUGCUGCAUCAGGAGCGCAAUGUGAAUGUGGAGAAGCCCAGAAUAAAUAAUGAUGACAGUCAGCAGCCACUAUCAUCUGAUGCUGGGCUGCAUAAAAACUGAAAAUGGACCGGUAUUCCAGAAUACCAUGUUAGGAUAUAUUGUCGGAGGAAGUAUCCCCGAGGAAGGUACUACAUGUAAUAUUGUAACAAAUUUAGUUAAUAAUAUAUCUGAUGGUGAAAAAUUGGAAAAUGUAAUGGAGCAAUUCUGGCUCUCUGAAAAACUUCCUGAAGUGGAAAAAUCUACAAAUGAUGAAUUUAAACAAGCUGAAAAAAUAUUUCAGUACUCUGUAUCACUUAAAGACAAUAGAUUUUAUGUUGAUAUGCCAUUAGCUUUCCCUAUGGAAGAGUUAGACCUUGGUGACUCAUUUUCUGUUGCCUAUAAUAGAUUCAUAAUGUUAGAAAAAAGGUUACAAAAAGAUCCUUUGCUAUUUGAACAAUAUAAAAAAUUUAUUGACCUAUAUCUGGAAUUAGGACAUGCAAAGAUAGUUGAUAUUGAGGGUUAUGAUUUAAAUGGUCCUGUGUUUUUUCUAGGACACCACUGUGUUUUUAAUCCAUCGAGUCGAACCUCACAUCAUCGUGUGGUCUUCGAUGGAUCGAUGAAAUCUAGAAAUGGGACAUCGCUGAAUCAAGUCAUGCUGAACGGACCUGUUGUACAGAGUGAGCUCUUUGAUAUUCUUAUUUUGUUCAGGACUUAUCCAUUUAUUUUAACUUGUGACAUUCAAAAGAUGUUUCGCAAUGUUUUUAUAAAUGAACAUCAACGCGGACUUCAAAACAUUUUAUGGCGCGAGUCGCCCAAAGACCCUAUCAACUGCUUGCAGCUUCAAACUGUUACAUACGGUUUGAAAUCGAGCACAUUUUUAGCUACAAGAGCUCUAAAUGAGCUAGCAAAUAUGCAUAAGGAUCAGUUUCCUUUGGCCGCUCAGGCUAUUUAUAAAAAUACAUUUGUUGAUGAUGUGCUUACUGGUGCUGAUGAUGUAGGGACACUUCAGGAGCUGAAAAAGCAAAUUGUAGAGCUUCUGAAAUUAGGUAGUUUCUCGUUACAUAAAUGGUGCUCGAACCAUGCUCCAGUCUUGAGCGAUAUUCCAGUUGAGCACAGACAAAUUGAUAGUGUAGAAAUAGGUCAAAAUGACACCAUGAAGACUUUAGGUCUUACACUCGAGGUAAAUUCAGACAAAUUGACUUUCUCUUGCCCUGCAAUCGAUGAGGCAAACAUAAUGAACACAAAAAGAAAAAUUCUCAGCUUUAUAGGGAAAAUGUUUGACCCACUUGGUUUAAUUGGCCCGGUAAUCGUGGUGGCCAAACUAUUCAUGCAAGAACUCCAUAGCUCUAUGCAUAAAGAUUGGGACUCAAUAAUCCCGAAUGAAAAAUUCCUAUACUGGUCAAAGUUUUUGGAAAAUUUAAGGCAAAUGGGUCAAAUUAAAAUAGAAAGAUGUGUAAACUAUAAAUUAGUAUCACAUGUAGAGCUAGUAGGGUAUGCCGAUGCAUCUAUUAAGGCUUUCGGGAGCUGUCUCUACCUAAGAGUUUUUAUGACUGAUGGCUCGAUUCAAGUGAACUUAAUAUGUUCCAAAAGCCGUGUGUCCCCACUUUCUAAAUCUCACACUAUUCCUCAAUUGGAGCUUUCUGCUGCUCUACUUUUAGCGCAAUUGGCAAGUAGAGUCAGUAAGAUUUUAAAUGAUAGAGUU